AUGAUCCGGGCUGCGGGGCUCCUGCUCCUGCUCCAGCUCCUGAGAGGGGCCCCCUGCACCGGCUCUCUGCCUAGCAGGGGCCCCAGCACUGAGAGCCCCCCAGCACCCCACCUAGCAAGGACUGAGAGCCCCCCAAAUCCACUCAUAGCAAGGACUGAGAACCCCCCAAAUCCACUCAUAGCAAGGACUGAGAGCCCCCCAAAUCCACUCAUAGCAAGGACUGAGAGCCCCCCAAAUCCACUCAUAGCAAGGACUGAGAGCCCCCCAAAUCCACUCAUAGCAAGGACUGAGAGCCCCCCAAAUCCACUCAUAGCAAGGACUGAGAACCCCCCAAAUCCACUCAUAGCAAGGACUGAGAGCCCCCCAAAUCCACUCAUAGCAAGGACUGAGAGCCCCCCAAAUCCACUCAUAGCAAGGACCGAGAGCCCCCCAAAUCCACUCAUAGCAAGGACCGAGAGCCCCCCAAAUCCACUCAUAGCAAGGACUGAGAGCCCCCCAAAUCCACUCAUAGCAAGGACUGAGAGCCCCCCAAAUCCACUCAUAGCAAGGACUGAGAGCCCCCCAAAUCCACUCAUAGCAAGGACUGAGAGCCCCCACCUAGCAUGGACUGAGAGCCCCCCAAAUCCACACCUAGCAUGGACAGAGAGCCCCCACAUAGCAAGGACUGAGAGCCCCCCAGCACCUCACCUAGCAUGGACUGAGAGCCCCCCAAAUCCACUCAUAGCAAGGAAUGAGAGCCCCCCAAAUUCACACCUAGCAUGGACUGAGAGCCCCCCAAAUCCACACAUAGAAAGGACUGAGAGCCCCCCAAAUCCACACCGAGCAAGGACUGAGAGCCCCCCAAAUCCACACCUAGCAAGGAAUGAGAGCCCCCCAAAUUCACACCUAGCAUGGACUGAGAGCCCCCCAAAUCCACACAUAGAAAGGACUGAGAGCCCCCCAAAUCCACACCGAGCAAGGACUGAGAGCCCCCCAAAUCCACUCAUAGCAUUGACAGAGAGCCCCCCAAAUCCACUCAUAGCAAGGACAGAGAGCCCCCCAAAUCCCCACGUAGCUAGGACUGAUAUCAUAUCAGAACACAGUGUGUACAUCCCAUCAGAACCAGGAGGCACUAAGACCCAUAUUCAAUCAGAACCUGGUGACCAGGGAGCCAACAUCUUGUUAGAUCCAGGGGUACGUUGGAGAAAAUCUGGGUCACAUUUAGCAGAAGUCCAGACUCGAUCUCCAACCCAACAACCUGGCCAUGGAGGAGCGCAGUUUCCAUCAGAACCUGGAAAAAUGAGAACUCACACAUGGUCAGAACCAGAGCUAACAUGGACCAAUAACCCAUCGCAACUCAACUCCACCAGAACCAUCCGACAUGCUUACAUCCCAGCAGAACCUCCAAGAACCAAGAAACAUGACUUUACCAAGCCAGGGAACACUCUGCAAGAAAACAGGACUGGGACACAAAUUUCAUCAGAACCAGAGGGUCCUAGGAACCACAUCCUCUCAGAGGACAAAGACCCUUCAAUGAAAAUCUCAACAAUAUCAAUCAAACCUUCCGUAAAGAACCAGUCAGAACACACAUACACAGAACCAGACAGGACGGGCAUGUACACAGCAUCAGAACAAAACAGGACUGGCACAUACCCUUCAUCUCAGCUAAACAAAAUGACUAAAUACUCAUCAACUGACCUAAACAGGACAAGGAGCCCUCUACCAACUGACCUAAACAGGACAGGGAGCCCUCCACCAAAUGAUCUAAAAAGGACAAGGAGCCCUCUACCAACUGACCUUAACAGGACAAGGAGCCCUCUACCAACUGACCUAAACAGGACAGGGAGCCCUCCACCAACUGAUCUAAAAAGGACAAGGAGCCCUCUACCAACUGACCUAAACAGGACAGGGAGCCCUCUACCAGCUGACCUAAACAGGACAGGGAUCCCUCCACCAACUGACCUAAACAGGACAGGGCGCCCUCCACCAACUGAUCUAAAAAGGACAAGGAGCCCUCUACCAACUGACCUAAACAGGACAGGGAGCCCUCUACCAACUGACCUAAAUAGGACAGGGAGCCCUCCACCAACUGACCUAAACAGGACAGGGAUCCCUCCACUAACUGACCUAAACAGGACAGGGAGCCCUCCACCAACUGACCUAAACACGACAGGGAGCCCUCCAUCAACUGACCUAAACAGGGCUGGGAGCCCUCUACCAACUGACCUAAACAGGACUGGGAACCCUCCACCAACUGACAUAAACAGGACAAGGAGCCCUCCACCAACUGACCUAGGGAGCCCACCACCAACAGACCUAAACAGGACAGGGGGCCCUCUACCAACUGUCCAAAUCAGGACAGAGAGCAUUCCACGAACUGACCUAAACAGGACUAGGACCUCUCAACCAACUGAUCUAAACAGGACUGGGACCUCUCAACCAACUGAUCUAAACAGGACUGGGACCUCUCAACCAACCGAUCUAAACAGGACUGGAAGCCCUCUACCAUCUGAUCUAAACAGGACUGGAAGCCCUCUACCAACUGACCUAUACAGGACUGGGACCUCUCAACCAACUGAUCUAAACAGGACUGGGACCUCUCAACCAACUGAUCUAAACAGGACUGGGAGCCGCUCACUCACAGAACCAAACAGGACAGCCACACACAGGGCUGACACAGAGCAUGCCGGAUCAGAAACAGGAAGAACAGAAUCAGAUCCUCUAUCAGGAAUGAGAGAGACGAGCUCAGCCACAGAUAUGACUGAAAGGCCGGACACAAGAAGACAUGUCUCUAAGCGGAUGUCCCAUACCGAUACAACAUACAUUGCUACUUUCUUUACCAGAGGUGGUGACAGGACAUUAUUAUCAGUUACAAAUGGCAGCGUUUUGUCAGAUAUCACGGAGAUUACUGCCGCUUACAACACAGUUGACGAUGGCGCACAUUCUAAAAAUCGCAAAGUUGGAUCCACAUCAGGGGAUUAUGGUAACAGAACAGAACCAGGUUCUGAAAUAACUGUAAGGAAGUCUGAUAAUUCCACUCAAGACUUUACGACAUGGAGCUCGCCAUCUGUCUCUGGAAUCUCCGUGCCUGCUACUGACUCAUUAUUGACUCCUUCUUACAGGAACUCCACUGAUUCAUCCUCCAUUUCUCACCUUUUACCUGAUUCCACAGUCAAUUCCACGGCCUCUUUCACCAGCAUCUCUGUCACUUCUCCAAACUUAACCAAUGUUACUGCAUCAAGUAAUUCAAGCUUGGAUUUCACUUCUUCAUCUCUGCCCUCCUCCAACUCAUCGAUGAUGGUAUCUGAACUGUCAUCAUCCUCAGCACCAUUUUCAUCUUCCUCUAGUGAGUCAUUGUCAUCACCUCAAGAAGCUGUCACAUUGACCAACUCGUUCCCCACAAAGUCUUCCUCUACUGAGUUUUUCUCAUCCUCUCCAAUUCCUUUAACACUAGUUUUUUCAGAUCAUCGCUCUGCCUCGCCACCUCCAUCUCGUUCUGAGGUCCCAUCAAUCUCUGUUUUCACAAGUUCAUAUGUCCCACUUAAAACAACAUCAUAUCUGCCUGGAGUUUCCCCAGUGUCACCCUACACAAUGCCACCACUAUCAUCUGCCACCAUGUCAUCUACAGUAGACAACACUGAGCCAAGUGUCCCUUUCACAGCAUCGCAGACAUCAAGCCAGAUAACCUCACACUCUUCAGCAGUUUCUAGUUAUUCAGUAACUGGGAUUGUCCUCCACACAAUUCAGCCAUCUAGUACCGUCGCUGACACAGCAAGCUAUGAAGGCACGGGCUCUUAUGAAACCAGUUCAACUCUCUCAUCAACAGUCCAGUUACCAUCUGGAACCUUGGAACCUGUGGAUACAUCUACAUCAACAGUCUUUUUUAAAGAGAACACUACAAACCCAUUUUCUCAGUCUCCAGCUCCAUAUACAGAUUAUGUUCCAGCUGCCACAACUUCAGAGAGCCUGUUAAUACCUUCUCUCCAUUCUAGCACAAAACCAUCGCCUCAGCAGAAUGAUAACACCACAUUGUCAGUCACCAUCAGCUUGACUACAGAGGAUGCCAGCAGGCAGACUAUGAGUGGCUGGACAACCGAAAUGAACCCACAAACAUUAACACCAUGGGUGGGUUUAGAGUGGAGUAUGCCAACCACUGCCAGAAGUCGUAAUGCAGGUACUCCAGUGACAGAUUCUCCUGCUACUGUGAAUGGGAAAUAUUCUGUCACCGCCGCACCUCAGCUGCCCACGUCUACACUUUCCGGCACUACCACCACAGUACCAGUCAGUCCAUGUUCAUCAAACCCAUGUCAAAAUGGAGGCCGUUGCACAGAGAAUAGGAUUCGGAGCACCUUCCAGUGUGAGUGCCCACCAGCCUGGCAAGGAACCCACUGCCAUCGAGACGUGGAUGAAUGUCUCUCAGAUCCGUGUCCGCCACAGACCACUUGCGCCAACAUUAAGGGCUCCUUCAGCUGCCGCUGUCCCCUGGGGUAUAUUCUGCAGAAAGGAACCGGGUGCAUUCUGGUCAGGACGUUUCUUGGGCAAAUUAAUGUACCACACGGCGUUCGGAAUGGAAGCGGGCGUAAAUAUGCCAAUUUACAUGAAAUUGAGGAGGCAAUAGUGAGCAUACUGAGUUCGUCCUUUGCCUCGAUAAAUGGCUAUUACCGAUCAAUGGUGACAAACAGCAGCCGAACCAAUCAAAUCACGGUCUCCGUUCAAAGUCUGUUUUCUUUAGCUUCAAAUGUUACAACGAACCUUCUAACAGAGAAUCUCCAGAGCUUCAUCCAAUCCUGUGACUCACAGCCUGAGAAACACCCUGGCUGCCACCUUGCCAUGCACCCUCAGCUCUCUUAUUUUGCUGUGAGUCUGUGUUAUGUGAAGAACCCGGGCUGUGAUAAAGAAACAACAGACUGCACAGACCUGACAGGGAUCCCUAUCUGUCAGUGCAAGCCAGGCUACUUCAAAUACACCAAGAUGGACCACUCCUGUCGUGCUUGUGAAGAUGGUUAUAAACGAGAGAAUGGCACCUGCAUGAGAUGUCCUUUUGGUCUGGGAGGAUUUAACUGCUCGAACCCGUAUCAGCUCAUAACAGUUAUUAUUGCCUCGGCUGGAGGGGGAAUUCUGCUGGUACUGGGCAUCGCACUCACCGUGACGUGUUGCAGGAAGAACAAGAAUGACGUCAGCAAACUGAUCUUUAAGAGUGGUGAUUUCCAGAUGUCGCCGUAUGCAGAAUACGCGAAGACCCCGCGAUCCUCUGACUGGGGGCGCGAGACGAUUGAGAUGCAGGAGAAUGGCAGCACCAAGAAUCUCCUGCAGAUGACAGAUGUGUAUUAUUCUCCGGGUUUACGGAAUUCAGAGCUUGAAAGAAACGGUCUUUACGCCUACACAGGGAUACCUGGAUCGCGCCACUCCUGUAUUUAUCCCGGACAGUUCAACCCUUCGUUUAUUAACGAGGAUAAUAGGAGGCGAGACUACUUUUAGCUCCAGAUGUAGAGUAGCUUUGUGCCCAAAGACGUCAACAAACUCACAAGGCAGAUUCUCCAUCCUUCACUCGAUGUGCUGUGUCCUCAAACGACGGAUGUGUAGUGGAACCACAGCUACUAGCUCAUUACCACGGGUAACUCAAGGCGUGUGUUUAGAAAACAAUCCGAUUCGGACACUGUGUCAGAGCUGGGGAGAUUCUGGAUACAAUCGUUGCAGAUUUUGCUUACUAGCCAACGUGUAAAAGGACUGCCUAUCGCACACCAGGGCUAGCCAACCGGUACAAAGACUAGCCAUCCCAUACCGGGGCUAGCCAACCGGUACAAGGACUAGCCAUCCCAUACCGGGGCUAGCCAACUGGUACAAGGACUAGCCAUCCCAUACCGGGGCUAGCCAACCGGUACAAGGACUAGCCAUCCCAUACCGGGGCUAGCCAACCGGUACAAGGACUAGCCAUCCCACACCGGGGCUAGCCAACCGGUACAAGGACUAGCCAUCCCAUACCGGGGCUAGCCAACCCAUUAUUGAGACUGGCGACAUCGUUACAUUAGAAAGCACAGACUCGCUAUUUAUUUUGUUGCACUGAGAUACAAAGUGUCACAAACAGACAGAGGGCCUUCACCAUGGAAACCUGGAGAAAAUGCAGUAAUAUUCCAUUUGUUUCCAUGGUGAUCACUACUUAUGGGUCACAAACAGAAAAGUUUCAAAUUUGAAGUCUUCCCUGCACUAGCGACUGUUACACCACGCAAGGGCCACGCAAGCACCCUUUCUGCUGUAUUUCACUCCUUUCUGUUCUUUGAAUCCCGAUUUGGAGGGAAAGCUGCUAAGGUUGGGUGUGUCUGGUAUCUGAGCAGCGCAGCUUAUCACAGCGUUCCUUUAGCCCACGCCGACCUUUGUCUGGUGUAUCCGUGAUAAACAGGCUCAGAUCCGGAACCUUCUAUCAGUAUCUCCUCAUAAACCAUUGACUUUCUUCAGCUCAAUGUGCGCAAUCACGGAAAUUCCUGCACAUUGUGCGUUCCUGAUAUCUGUGCAAAUUAAUGUAAUUAACAUCCAGAGUAACCGAGCGCGCACACAGUGUUAUGUAUAAUCUUUAUACAGGAAUGUUGCCAUGCGCAUCGUAUUCAAUCGGCACGCUACAAUGUUACACACACGUUUAUUAUUGAUCCAACAUCAAAAACGCACCAUGUAAAGGUAUCUAGGAUCUUCUAUUCACAAACAUGCCUUCUAAUCCCAUCAAUCUCACCGGAGCCUAUUCCAGGUAUUGGUCUGUUAGUCUUUUACUGGAAGGCGAUUCCAGGUAUCUACUACCCUUUCUAUAUCACUGUUACUGCUCCCACUGGGAGGCUAUUCCAGGUAUCUACUACCCUUUCUAUAUCACUGUUACUGCUCCCACUGGGAGGCUAUUCCAGGUAUCUACUACCCUUUCUAU